UUCCAGCAGGCGAUCGGCUCUCCAUUACACUGCGCAUUCCUUCCGAAGCUUGCCUGCCCAAGUUCAGGUUUUAAUAGCUAGAUCAGCGCACGCACAUCUACCAUGUCGCAAGGAGAAUCAUACAGACUGCCGGGGCGAGAAAGAUCGAGAUGGCCACCGUUGACACGGAUGUUGAUGUCGGGAGAGAUGAGCGAUCAGGCUCCUAGAGAGUUGAACUGGCGGGAAAUGCUUGACAGAUGGAUGGUGAACGAGGGCUACCGGAGGCUGUUCGUUGGUGUUUUUAUGCUGGUGCACCUACUGGUGUUCACAUUUGGAUGUCUGCAUUACGGUCUGAAAGAUAACCUCAACAACUCGCGGCAGCGAUUUGGCUUUACAUUUAUUAUAGCGCGUGCGUCUGCGUUGGUCCUACAUCUAGAUGUAGCGUUUAUCCUUCUUCCCGUGUGCCGCAAUCUAAUCUCACUUCUUCGUCGAACUCCCCUGAACGGCAUCAUCCAGUUUGAUAAGAACAUCACCUUCCACAAACUCACCGCCUGGUCCAUCGUCUUCUUCACCUGGGUACACACCAUCUGCCACUGGGUCAACCUCGCGCGCUUCUCUGCCCAAAACAAGCUUGGAUUUGUGGGCUUUCUCCUCGCCAACUUUGCCACCGGUCCGGGUUGGUCGGGCUACGUGAUGCUCGUCGCCCUGAUGGCGAUGGUCUGGACAGCCAUGGAGAAGCAGCGCCGCGCCAAUUUUGAACGCUUCUGGUACACGCACCACUUGUUCAUCAUUUUCUUCGUCUUCUGGUCCGUACAUGGCGCCUUCUGUCUGAUCCCGCAGGACUUUGCGCCCGUGUGCUCCGGUACCGGCGUCUUCUGGCAGUACUGGAUGUACGGCGGCUUCAUCUACCUCGCGGAGCGCAUUGCGCGCGAGGUACGGGGGAAACACAAGACGUACGUGAGCAAGGUCAUCCAGCAUCCCAGCAACGUGUGCGAGAUCCAGAUCAAGAAGGAGAAUACGAAAACGCGUGCGGGCCAGUACAUCUUCCUGUGCUGUCCGGAAAUCAGUAUCUGGCAGUACCAUCCUUUCACGCUGACCAGCGCCCCGGAGGAGGAUUAUAUCAGCGUGCACGUGCGUGCCGCCGGCGACUUUACACGUAGACUACACGCCGUGCUGGGUUGUGAGCCCGAGAGACGCGGUGGUGCGGGCGCAGACAUACCGAAGGUCAAGGCUGCUGCCGCGGAUGACAGGCACGCGGAUCCGACACUACGGCGCAUCUUGCCACGGGUGUACAUUGACGGGCCCUUUGGAUCAGCCUCCGAAGACGUAUUCAAGUUUGAAGUCGCAGUCCUCGUCGGCGCGGGCAUAGGUGUGACGCCGUUUGCAAGUAUACUGAAGAGUAUCUGGUACCGCAUGAACUACCCCCAAGGGCGCACGCGGCUACGCAAGGUGUAUUUCUUCUGGAUAUGUCGGGAUUUUGGCAGUCUGGAGUGGUUCCGAAGUUUGCUGCUGGCGAUUGAACAGCAGGAUCUGGAGGAUCGGAUUGAGAUUCAUACUUAUCUCACGGCCAAGAUCAAGAUUGACGACGCCACGAAUAUCAUGAUCAACGACGCCAACGCCGAGCAAGACGCCAUCACCGGCCUUCGCUCGCCCACAUCCUUCGGCAGACCGAACUGGGACAUUAUCUUCCGCAGCAUCCGCAGGAUCCAUGCCCCGGCGGAGGCUGGCGUGUUCUUCUGUGGGCCGAAGCCAUUGGGGAGCUUGUUGCACGUGAAGUGUAAUAUGUACAGUGAUGAUGCGUUUCAGUUUGUGUAUGGAAAGGAGAACUUUUAGAGCGCGGAAGAAGCGCGCGCAGUUCUGGUUUUGGGGUUGGGGGAGCGGACGUUUGGAGCUGAAGAUAUCUUUUUGCCUGCCUGAAUUUUUCGGUAUGUCACUUGAUAGAUGGAUAGCAUACUAUCUUGCCCGCGGACCUGUAUAUAUAUACAUAUAUAAAAUAUCCAUAUGCUUUUUCGUCGUGGCGAUUGAGCUUAGAAGAUUAUAUUACCG